AUGCGCGCUCUUGGUACCAGGUUUUUCUAUACCAUACUCCUCGUAGUAUCCCUUGUCAAGGCUUCACCCUGGCCAGGCUACCUGAAAUACUCUACCCAUGGGCUCAAGAUGAUUGGGCGCGACUUGAAGGUCGACAGUUAUCACCCCAAGACGACUUACAAGACUUACGGAGAAGGGAAAGAGGUUGCUUCCUUUGUUAAUGGUGACCUGGAAAAGUCUACGAUCUCCUUCAUUUCCUCAGAACUUGGUGUCGACCCAUCUACUAUCGCCUAUAACUCUGGCCAUACGGCAGACAACGACAUGAGCUACGCCUAUGCGAAGCAAUCAUAUGACGGGGUUCCCUUGGCUAAUGCUGUUGCCAAUGUCGCUUUCAGGAAUGGCAAAGCAGUUGCUUUUGGGACCUCGUUCGUGGAUACCUCAACCAUUGCGUCCUCCCAGCCAUCUAUCACGCUCGACUCAAUUAUUAGUAAAGUCGAGGAUGCCUUCGACGCCACCUACAAUGGCAUAAACUCGCUCGAAUAUCUAGCCCAAGCUGAUGGAUCCGUCGCCCUCACUUAUGUAUUGCAAGUCCAGAACACCGACACCAAUGCCGGCUAUGAAGCAUUUGUUGAUGCCCAUUCCGGAAAUAUCGUUGGGAGCACCGAUUUCCUCGCUGAAGCUACGUACACGGUUUUGCCUAUCACUAAGCAAUCGGUGUUGGAGGGCGAAGAAACUCUAGUCAAUCCCGAAGACUUUCAAUCUUCUCCCAUCGGUUGGGUGCAGAAUGGCGAGACUGCGUUUGAAACAAUGUCGUGGCCUACAAGGGCACUCCGAGCAGUACGAACUAAAGAAUCAUCCUCCGAUACCUUUGAUUACCCAUAUGAUGUCUCGUAUGGCUGGACUGAAUCUGCAUAUAACUUUCAAUUAGACAAUUUUGGCAAAGGAGGAGCCGGAGGAGAUCGCGUCCAGAUGUCCGUACAAGACUCUUCAGGAUAUAAUAAUGCCAAUUUUUCUGACUCUUCCAGAGUAAGGCCCGGUCAGAACGGUACUUGCCGCAUGUAUGUCUUUACUAUGACUACGCCCCGUCGCGACGGAGACUUGCAGAACGACAUAAUCGUCCAUGAGUUUACGCAUGGUCUUACUAAUCGUAUGACUGGCGGUGGAACGGCUCGAUGUUUACAAACUUAUGAAUCUGCUGGGAUGGGCGAAGGAUGGUCUGAUGCGAUGGCAGAUUGGACCGAACAAAAGGGCGGGAACAUAACUGACUUUGUGACAGGAACUUGGGUCAUGAACAAUACUGCCGGUGUACGCCAUUACCCAUACUCCACAGAUGCCGCUGUCAACCCUCUCCGUUACUCGUCACUUUCUUCACUCUACGAAGUUCACGAUAUUGGAGAAGUGUGGGCGAACAUGCUUCACAACGUACACGCACUCCUUGUUGAAGCCAACGGAUGGUCUCCGACUGCUAUGUCUGAUCCCUCUGGAUCUGAAGGAAACAUCGUUUAUCUCCACCUCUUCAUCGAUGCACUUGCCCUGCAGCCUUGCAAUCCAACCUUUGUCGACGCGCGCAACGCUUGGAUCCAAGCAGACGUGAACCGCUACAAUGGAGACCAUGCUUGUACCCUCUGGAUUGCAUUCGCAAGCCGUGGCUUAGGAAUCGAUGCUGACCACUACAUCGACGAUGAGACUAUUCCGUAUGAUUGUUGA